UAGGUAUAUAGCCUAUAUCCGAGUACGGAGUAACACUCCAAAAACGCUCACGGUGCCGGUGCCGAACUCAUAAGCAAAUUGAAUUCCUUUAGAACCUCUGGAAUCUGGAACCUCUCAUAUGUCAUACGCAAAGCUCGAAUUGCAGAAGCUCGUUCCAGGCUGGUGGUCAUCCAUUACAUGCUUGCAUUAGUAGUACGGAAUACCCUAAGAUUUAUGAAGCUGUGUUAGAGAUUCUUUGAGAAGAGAAGAAUGCCUGGCAUACCUCUCGUGGCUCGGGAGACGAUGUAUGGCCAAUCUAGAAAUGGAGAUCAGCCGUGCCGUCAAGAUUCUCUGGUACACUUAUCUGCUGAGGAGGAAAUUGCUGCUGAGGAGAGUCUAUCAGCUUACUGCAAACCUGUAGAGCUUUAUAACAUUCUUCAGCGUCGUGCUAUAAGAAAUCCAUUAUAUCUUCAACGAUGCUUGCAUUACAAAGUAAGAGCAAGGCACCACAAAAGGAUACAAAUGACAGUUUCUCUGUCAGGGACAUCAGAUGAUGGAUUACAAAUUCAAAAUCUGCGUCCUAUGUAUAUCAUAUUGGCUAAGCUGCUAUCUGAUAUACCUAACCUGGAGCACUCUGCAGUUUAUCGCUACACUAAAGCUCGUCUGCUCACGACUCCAAGCACAGAAGAAGGGGGCAGUGUGGCACAAGCAAAUUUUAUUUUACCUGAGAUGAAUAAGCUAGUGAGGGAAGCAAAAUCUGGAUCACUUUUCAUCUUAUUUGUUAGUUAUGCAGAGGCAUAUACUUCGUACGGAUCUGAGACAUCCAGAGAACCUUUGGAUAACGUAUCCCUUUCAUCAAGUGUUGAAAUGUCCUGUUUAUGGGGAAAGAUAUCAAUGGAGUCACUCUUUUUAUCGUGGGAGAAGUUUCCAAAUUUGAAUCGAGGGGAGAGAGUCGAAAUGCUUUCUACAAUUGACUUGCAACCUUGUCUUCUGAAGUCUGGUUUCUUGGGUCAGGAGAAAUGUCUAUCAUUUCAGAUGCCUGAGAGUUCUGCUCACAUGCAUGUGCAAGUGUUAAUUUCUGCUGAAGAGCGAGGGGCAAAAGAAAAAUCACCCUAUUCUCCAUAUACAUAUAACAACAAUCCUGAUACAUCUUCUCAUGUCCUUGGAUUGAGGACCGGCAAUGUAAUUUUCAACUACAGAUACUACCACAAUCAGUUGCAGAGAACUGAAGUGACUGAAGAUUUCUCCUGUCCAUUCUGCUUGGUUAAAUGUGCGAGUUUCAAGGGCCUAAAAUUUCACUUGGUCGCAUCUCAUGAUCUGUUUAACUUUGAAUUCUGGGUGACGGAGGAGUAUCAAGCUGUUAAUGUUUCAGUUAAAACUGAUCUACGGAGAUCCGAGAUUGUUGCAGAUGGAGUUGAUCCGAAGCAGCUAAUUUUUUUCCUCUGCUUCAAAAAGCUAAAGAGGAGAAAAACUAAAUUUCUACUUGAUAAGGCAAAGCAUGUACAACCCAUGACCUUAACUUCUGAUUUGGCAGCUGGAGAAAGUGAUCUUUUGAACAAGGCUGAAGAUGCCUAUUCCAGUAGAAUUGAAAGGGCUCGAAGUUCAAGUGUCAAUGAUUCACGGAACGCUAUCCCAGAUCCAGAUUGCAUUCAGUCUAUUUCAGGAGGCAGUCUUGCUCCCCCCGCAAUGCUCCAGUUUGCAAAGACAAGGAAGCUAUCGAUUGAACGAUCCGAUUUCAGAAAUCGUGCUUUAAUGGAGAAGAGACAGUUCUUUCACUCUCACAGAGCACAACCAAUGUUAUUGGAGCAAGUUUUGUCGGACCAUGAUAGUGAGGAUGAAGUUGAUGAUGAUGUGGCUGAUUUAGAAGAUCGAAGGAUGCUGGAUGAUUUUGUGGAUGUUAGCAAAGAUGAGAAACAAAUUAUGCAUCUUUGGAACUCUUUCGUAAGGAAGCAACGAAUUCUUGCUGACGGUCACAUACCUUGGGCUUGUGAGGCAUUUUCACAAUUGCAUGGACACAACCUUGUCCAAGCUCCUGCUCUAAUUUGGUGUUGGAGAUUAUUUAUGAUCAAAUUGUGGAACCAUGGACUUCUUGACGCACGCUCCAUGAACAAUUGUAGUUUAAUCCUUGAGCGUUGCCAAAAACAGGAGACAACUCCUAUGUAAAAAGCUCUACAGGUAUCGGCAUUGUGCAGUGACAUUUUUGAGCCAGUAAGCUCGUUUGAGUUGUUGCUGACCUUAUGUCAUGGAUUAUAUGAAUUGCCAAAGGAAUCACUGUUUCGAGUAUCAGUUCUGGCUGAACCUUGCACUUCUGGGGUAAAUAGAGGCUUAAAUAUGUCAAGCGCAAAAGAUACGAGCUCUUGCUCUUUUCUCUAACUUCCAUUAUUCAUGAUUAUCUUGAUAACGAUUUACAUGUAAAAAACUAUUGAUUACCUUUGGACGUGUAAUCUUGUUUUGUUUUCUAUCUACUCUCUUAAGAAGUCUUUUUUUCAUUAUUAUAUGUGCUUAAAGUUCAAUCUUUUGUAUAAAUAUUGGAACAUUGACCCAGAAGUUCAAUCAGGAGGGGAUGAACUAUCUAUGUUAUCUUUCUAUUUCUUACCACACAAA